UUCGGAGGCCGCAUGAGAUCCGUCCUUUCUUGCGUCUUUUAUGGCAUCCGCGACUCGUGCACCGCUCUGCCGGCUGCGGUCCCCGAGAUCCGCUGUUCGGUCGAGGGGAUCGCAGUCUGGUCCGGUCAAGGUUUCGGUUCCUGAACCCAAAACGACUCCGGAGUCAGAAAGCACCAAUAUCGUAUUGCAGCCGCGAUUGAGUAACUUGAGAGCGUACGGCUCUGAUCCAGUCGGAGUGAUCAAGACUAGGAACGAUGGCAAUGACGGUGCCGAUGACGUAUCCCCGUUCUUCGCGACGCUGUCCGACUAUAUUGAGAGCUAUAAGAAAAGUCAAGAUUUCGAGACCAUCUCCGGUCGCCUCGCCAUGAUGGUGUUUGCAGUGACGGUGACAAAAGAAUUAAUGACGGGAAGCUCUGUGUUUGGGAAAAUGGACAUUGAAGGAUUAACAGAAGCAGGAGGCGUGUGCUUGGGGGCAGUAGCAUGUGCGGCUCUGUUUGCAUGGUUCUCCAGCGCCCGAACCAGAGUGGGUCGGAUCUUCUCCGUCGGCUGCAACUCCUUCAUCGACGCCGUAAUUGAUCAAAUCGUCGAUGGCUUAUUCUAUGAAAGCGACUGGCCUGACGAACUCUGAUUCUCUGUAUCUACUUCGUUCUGCCCUUCUCCUUUCCCUGUAUUGUGUCUUGGCUUUUCUUGUCUAUGUUAUUUCUGGACACAACUUGGAGACCGCUGGAGUUAAGUUACCAUCAAAGAUGGAUGGUGGUAAAUCAGUAAAUAUUAAUGACGCUGCGGAAGGAGCUUAGUCAUACUUAUUUAUACACCAAACCAAAAUUGUCCAGUGCCUUAUUUUCUCUGGCUAAAAUUAUGCCCUUCCCUUCUGCGAGUUGUUGAGUUGCUAGUUUACAAGUUUUAGUUGUUGCGGUGUUCACAUGUAUUUACUGUACGGUUCGGAUCAUGUCAUCAUAGUAAUUACUCGAUAAAAAAUAUAAUUAUUCUGGGAUGA